CACACUGUUGUUUUCAUUUUCACAUAAACAGUAUUUACGAUCUGCUGCAUCUACAGAAUAAUUUUUCUUUCGGAAAUUUCGCUGGUUUUGGGGCUUUUUCUUCUUCGAAAAUCAUGAUGAAUAACAUUGAGCAACUUCUAGAAGCUGCUAAGAUCCUAGAGAAAAGAGAUGAAGCCAAGAAAAGAUGCUCUACUCCUAUUAAAAUGGUAAAAAAGACUACAAGAAGAUCGCCAAGUUACAGUCGGACAACACACAACCAGCUGGAAAAAAAUCGACGAGCACAUUUAAGGGACUGUUUGGAACUUCUGAAAGAUCUUGUCCCGUCACCGCCAGAACAUCAAAAGGCGACCACAUUAGCUCUUCUACAGAGCGCACAACAAUAUAUAAAGGUUCUACAGUCCUCAGAAAGAGAGGCUAUUGAAUCAAAGAAAAAAUUAGCGCAGGAACAGAUGUUUCUGCGACGAAAACUUCUUCUCCUUAAAGGAGAUAGUGAACUUAAAAGACCGAGGAGCUCCGAAGGAGACUCAACGACAAGUGAAGAAAUUGAUGUAGAAAAUGACGAAGAAACGGGAUAUGCAAGUGGGGAAUCUGACGACAUAUAUAGUACUGCAAGCAUUGCUAGCGAGGGCAGUGAAGGUGAUCUAAUGGUAAAUACAAGAAUAGGAAUCCAAGUAUCAUAAAGUUUUGCUAAUGGCAAAACUCAAGUUUCAGGGUUAGGAAUUCAUAACUUCACUCAUGUUUGCUUUCUUUUUUUUUCUUACUAGUAAUUUGUAUUAGUAAUUUGUUAGUUGAAGUGGUUAUAAUCAUUCUUGUUGGUUUGCAAAGGUUAGUGUUUAGUGUUUACACAGUUUUAGCUCGUGAGAUUCAUUUUGACCAUCAAGACUUUCCGUAUUAUGUUUUAAGAUUGUUUACCAUCGCUAAUUUUUUAAUCCAAAUUUUAUUUUCAAGACGUAAUCACCUAUUUUCACUAGUCUCUAAGUAUAGCCAUAUUAGAAAUUUUUAAAGUUCUCUAGCUAUAGUCAUUUGCCAAGCAAGUAACACUCUUCAUUCAGCCAGAAAUUUAAAAUUACUGUUAAAUCGCCUUUAAAUCAUGUUCAAAGACUUAAAGUUUCURAACAGUUCAUUUGUUUUCCAAAAGCCUGGCAGCAAUUUGGACAAAAUUACAAACUAAAAAGUUCUGUUUUCUUCGUACUUGAGCUUGAAAAGUUUGAGUCUUGGAAGACAGGUAUUAAUUAUUGUUAUAUGAAUACAUGCAGAGUUUUAAUUAUAUUGCCUUUCAUGUAUUGCCGAGGUGAGAAACUCCUUUUCAUGUGAUUUUUUGCAUUGUUAAGUGGAAGAAGUUCUUUGUUUUUCUGAUAGAGCACAAAGGGUGCUUUUACAAAGCAUAUCGUUGUCAGAUGUGAAUAUAAAAUGGUAUAGAUGUGUAGCAAGGGUGUGGAAGCAAAGUCAGAACUGGUAGUUGUAAUAAGAAUAGAAAAUCUUACUUUCUGGGACUUGGUGUGAGUUGAUUGAGAUGGGAAAUUCAAGGUGAGGUAAGCUGUGAUUGUGGUGUGGGUUGUGAAGUUCAGUAAGAUUUAAACAAAGAAAUUAACGAUAUUUAAAGUAAUAUGUACAGUGUACCAUGAUCAUGUGUAUAAGAGUUGUAAAAAAGUGAAAUCAAUGUAUCAAUUAUACAUAUAUAUAUAAAUAUAUAUUAAUGCUAUACAUAAUCGACAAAGGUCCUAGUAGACGUAUCCAUAUUUUAACACGUAAUCCAUACCUAAGGGAAAUAUUGUCAAUACCAAAGCAAAUCAAUAGACUAUCAAAAUCAUAAUAGAACAUAACUUCAUUAGUAUUCUCCUGACCUUGGACAAAGUCAUUCUUGUGUGCAAAUAGAUUUUUUCCGUAAAUGCUGUCACAAUAAUGCAUCAUAGGAUUGAAAUGCAGACAAGCCAAGCCAAGUGCACAUGUUGACAUGCUGCAACAUUGUAGUCUUGUUGUUUCUGAUUCCUGGAAGAACUAUGGUUUUUUGACUGAUAUUCUUCUUUAUUUUCAUGUAAUCAAGCCUUUUUUUGCAAUGUUUGUCUGCAUUUGGAUCAUACAAAGCUUUGCAAUUAUAUCUAUUUUUAGUAACCAUAAAAAAUGCUAUWAUGUUUAAAAGGGAAACAAGUGUCUAUGAAAUCUGCAUCAAAAAUGUGGGGGAAAUUAUSGAAUACCCUGAUGAAACGAGCUAUAAAAGAUGGCUGAUGAAUGUGGAGCAUUUGCAGGUCAUCAUACGAAUAAUAAAAUAUCAGUGGUUUCUUUGAUUUGACUAUAAUUUUGAUGUGCAUUACAUCUUAUCACUUGUUGGACAAAUCCUGAAAUUCAGCCAAGGGAAUCUGCAAGCCACCCUUCACAAAUCAAGGUUGCUAACACUUGCAGCUCCGCAUGGCUAGUUCUUUUAAAGGCUUUUUUUGGACUAUUUUUGAAACGAGGUUCAAAAGUUGCACUCUAGUUUGGCCAGCACUGGGGAUAUAUAUCCAGUGCCAAGACCUGUAUUCUGUCAUGUUUUGGCUUUAUGCUUUAUGCUUUAUGCUUCCAGUCACUUCUAUCUUUCAUAAUUAAAAUAGCUGUUUUAAAGAAAACUCCAAGAUUGCUGCUGCUGCUGAUAACUGCAGUUAUAUCUAGACGUAAUAGGCACCUUUAAAAUACUAAUACUUUUGUAUCUAAAGCAUGAAAUCAAGCAGCAAAAACUUCUAUUUUAUAUCAAAGCUGACCUUGCUCUUUGCUUUGCCAAUGGAGGUGAUACCUCCUCGUUUCUGUGAAAUUACUUGUAGCAUACAUAGUUCMGAUAUCAUCCACUGGCAUUCUAACCUAAGAUUACCAAGCCUAUGUGAUGGUGUCUUAAAAUCAAUGGCUAGCUUAGCUAAGCRUAGUAGAAAUAUUGGAUAAACCUGGGCAUAUGAUUAAGUAUAUUCUCAUUAUUUUACUUACUAUUUUACUAAGUAACAUCAACUAGGACUUUUAAUUGUCUCGAGGUUUAUCUAAAUGACACUACAACUUUCCAGCCUAAUGAAACUACGACUUUCCUACCUAUCUUAAAAUACAUAAAGCUCAUUCAUAUGAUAUGCUUGCACCAACCAUUCCAUAUUACAUCAUUUUUCCUCUAACUUGUGAAAGUUGUCAUUUCUACCAUUUUUGAAAAAUUACUUCUAAAUUUUGUUCACAAUUGAUUUUUUGCACAAGAUAAUUUAAACAGUGAUUUAGUUUAGUUUAAUAAUCCUGAUAGUAUUAUCUAAAGUGUAGCAGACACUGUCAAUUAUCCUUUCCAAUGAUUAUUUGUAGAAAAAACUUGCUAGUUAUCAAAUACUCCAGUUUCAAGACUUGAAAUAACUUAGUUAUCUUUGCUCAUCCUUAGUCUCAGUUGUGCAUUAUAAUAUUCAGCUAUUCAAC